UUCUCUGAGUUGAACUGGAUCACUUUCAUUUUUCAUACGUUUAUCUGGUCCUCGUAUGAUCACACGCAGUGUGCUUGUCUGCGACCGAAAACGGCUAAACCCAACAUGAUUUAGAUGGCGACAAGACUCUUCUUCAUUUUGGCUAUUUUGGGGCUGAAUACCGCAAAUGCAGGGAAUCACUCUCUCACCUAUCAGGCAACUGCAUCAUCUGGAGUUCAUCACUUCCAUUUCAUGGAGGUUGGUUUGGUGGAUGGUAUUGAGUUCACUUGCUACAACAGCAACAGCAGCGGAGUCAAACCCAAACAAGACUGGAUGACUCGACUCACUGAUAAGACAAAAUAUUUAGAGACAGAAACACUGAGGUGCUGGAACGACCAGUUGUUCUGCAAGAACCUCAUAAGAGUUGUUCAACAAAGAUUCAACCUGACUGGAGGUGUCCACAUUGUACAGGUGAUGCACGGCUGUGAGUGGAACGACGAGACUAAUUACUCCACAGGUCAUUAUCAGUACGCUUACGAUGGAGAAGACUUUCUGUCGUUUGACCUGGAGACUCUGUCGUGGGUCGCUAGAACUCUACAGGCUGAAUCCACCAAACACAUGUGGGACAAAAAUGACGGUCGUACCAAAUAUCUACGGUACUACCUGAAGACCCAGUGUCCUGAGCACUUGAAGACGCUUCUGCAAUACGGGAAGAGCUCCCUUCUGAGAACAGUGCUUCCAUCAGUGUCUCUCCUCCAAAAGAGUCCGUCCUCUCCCAUCGUCUGCCUCGCUACAGGCUUCUACCCUCCACGAGCCAAGUUGUUCUGGACCAAAGACGGAGAGGAGCUUCACCAUGGUGUUACAAUUGAAGAGGUCCUCCCCAACCAUGAUGGAACCUACCAGAUGAUGGCUGAGCUGAAACUGCCAGACCCGUCUGAAGACUGGGAGAGGUUCACCUGUGUGUUCCAGCUUGACGGCGUUGAGAAAGACUUGACAACGAACCUGAGCAAAAAUGCCACAUUAACCAACUGGAAGCCACAGGACCAGACCGUCCCCAUCGCUGUCUCAGUGGCUGCUGUUCUGCUCGUCGCUGCUGUUAUUGUAGUGUUCAAGUUCAGAAGAGCAGUUGUUCUGCACGUCGCUGGUGCUGUUAUUGGAGUGUUCAAGUUCAAAAGAGCAGGCAAAAGUGCAGAAACUGACUCCAACAGUUCUGAGGAGGUUCUGAAUCCACUGAAUCCCCCGACUGAAGCUCCUGCACACGACAUUGGGCCUUCAGAGUUGGUUGGUCCCCUGAGUGAACUUCCCAUGGCCUCGAGAAGCAAACAAGAAUGAAUAAAGCAGAUCAGGACUGCGAUUGCCAACCUGGAGCCCGAGCCCACAUUGGAAAGCGUUUUUAGAUUCCACAGGUGGACACAUUUGGUGCUCACACAAAUGUACAAAUGUACUGUAUUCCCAGCAAGAGAUGUGCAUACCGCCGUCUAUUCUCCUUUGUUGUGUACGUAUGUGUCGCCAAUUGCUUAACACACGAGCCAACCCGUGAGCAGUGGCACAGUCGCAGGAGUUAUGGCACAAUACCAGCAGUUUCUCAUGCCUUUGGUCAAGUUGCAAAUGCUUUAGUACAGCCAGGCGAAUUAUUGUACAAUUCUGUGCUGUUUUCUACAUUCACAGUUGCUUAUGUCAUGUAGAUCGAAAUGUAUUAAAGUGCAUGUCUGUUGAUAGUCUCACCCCUCACAAUGUUUUGGCAUCAUUUCAUAGCAUAAGUCCUUCUACCUGAAUGUGAAAAAUGCUGCCAGGUGAGUCUUGUAUUCCUCUAAUUUCUCCAAUCUCUCUCAUGAACGGAAUGCUUUUCUGAAAUAGGUCACAGGUGAAUCUCAUGAACCAUCAACUGGCGAGUAUAUACACAACUAGAGGUCAGCACAAUGUAAUGAUGUCUAACAAUGGAAGGACAAGGAAUUAGACGGUGUCAAUAGUCAGGGAGAAGUAGAGUGAGGCUACAUGGUGGAAGGGUUGGAUGGCAAAAUAAAGGAAGAGGGAGAAGACAUAUGUGCGUUCCUAAUGAGAUAAGAGCCACACUAGUCGUAGUAUGUUCUAAACAUGGGCUUACAAUAGCCACGGCUGGUCGAAGAGUCCAGCCAAAUAUUGGGAGAACAUCUGUGACCUCAAUCAUUCAGCCUUGUCAUCAACAGAACAUGUAGGUACUCAGACAAUAGACACUGUACUGUAAUACUGUAUACUUUCUGUAAUGCUUCAUCCAAUACUUCAGUGUUGCAAUUGCAAUUUACAAUGUACGGUAAGUACUUUAUACAGAGACAGUUUACUGUGGCUUACUCAAUUUUGUGUUUUGCAGUACCAUAUUUUUUCCCACAUAGAACUGCAAACACAACUUCACGGUGGUGGCAGAGGGCGCCUCUUCACACCUGAACAGGAGGAAGCUUUUGACCACAUGAUUGUAGAAAACAAUGCCAUAAGACUGAGGGAGGUCAACAGUGCCAUUAUUGGGGACAACAUUGUUGAGAACAUCCAAAAAGUCAGUGUAGAUACAGUAAUUUGGUGAAAUCAUAUAAUUGUUUCCAUCUACAUUUGACUGUUCUGUGGUGUGUGUGAAGUUCCCAUUGUGACAGCAAAUCAGAGCUUUGAAUGUUAGCGGUGGGAAUUUUGGUAGUUUGUCAACCUAGAGGUAGAUCCCUACUGAGAAGUGUGCAUGUGUGUGUGAUCCAUGCCG